UCACGUAUGGUCACCAUGGUGACGCUUACACCAGGUAACUGUACAUCGAUUUCCUACACAAUUCCUAAUAGAAGAAGCAUCGAGAACCUCAAGAACAAAUAUUCUCAUAUUAGAACAAAUUUUUUAAUUUAAAAAAAUGACAGAACAUAGGGGAAGUUCUUUUGUACAUUCUUGUGUAAAAGUGCCGGUUGAUCCCUAUAGCAGACAACCAACGCCACUGUAUGAACGACCAGGAAUUACAAGAAGGCAAGAAAGCAGGUGCACUACAUCGUCUCGUAAGACGAGAAGGAUCAAUUUCGAUACAAAUAACUCGGUCUCAGAAGCCACAAGUCCUCGAGAUACAUUAGAAAAUUUUAUGGAUUUUAUAGAAAGCAUACCAGAUUAUAAUGACGUGCAUCAUCUUACGAAUGAGCAAUUUAAGCAGAAAUUAGACUACCUUAAAAGAAAGCAGAGACUUUUAUUGAAAAAUUUGAGAAACUGCAUAGAUCAGGAUGAUAGUGAAAAUAUAAUAAAUAGAGAAACACCUUCUGAUUCACAAGCUCAAGGGAAUAACAAAACAAAAGAUUGGUGCAACGAUAGAAAUAAAACAAAAGACUGGUGCAAUGAUAGUAAUAAUGACCUGAAACUCAAAGGGAAAAAGUGCAAUUUUGAAGAGUCGAGAACUAAUAGUCCAAUUCUUUAUGCCUCUGGAAAGUUUGAUAGAUUGGCUGAGGAUCAAGAUCUUCUAACUUAUAGAUGUAAGGACAAAAGUAAAGCUGCAAAGACAAUUCACAACUCCAAAAUCCAUUCCACGAAUAAAUCCUGGAGUACUGAAAGUGAAUCAAAAAGUCCUGAUAGUGUGGAAAGUGAUCUGGAAAAUAGUUUGGAAACGAAAAGUUUGCCACCUCAUAGUCCGGAAAGGUGGCAUCCAACUGUUCCGAAACCAUUCAGUUUUACAAUGAGAGAGGAAGCAGAAAAGUAUAUGUCACUAGCAGAGAUAGAUGACCUGCAACAAAGUUUCAGGGAUCCAAAAACAAAGAAACGCCGUGUAAAGCCUAUUCCUUUAACAUCGAAAAUACCACUAUAUGAUAAACUUGUUGCAGCAAAAGAAGAAAGAAGUCGUUUGGUGAGAGAAGAGAGUAUGUUGAACUUAAUGUCUCAAGUAAGACCUUUUAAAUUGGAAUGCGAAAGAAGAGCCUGGAAGACACUUUCAAGGUCUAGUCCAGAACUUUGCGGGAAAAAAGUUCGUUACAGUUCGAGAUUCAAGGCUAAACCGGUUCCAAAGAAUUUAUUCAGUACUGCAAUUUAUGAUCGGAUGUUAGAAGAUGAAUAUUAUAGAUCUCUUCAGAAGAAGAUGAGGGCUUCUCGGAUGAUGAAAUCUUCCACUUUACCACCAUCUAUGGCCAGACGAGAACAUCUCAGGUCAACAUCCGUUCAUUCCCAAUGCAGUACAGCAAAAGAAUCCGUAAAUGAAAGAGAUUGUGAGGGAAGAGAAUCAUCUGGAAUCUUCAGUGCAACACCCUUGCAAUCCGAAAGGUCAAGGUCAGCCUUGGCUGCAUUGCCUAUCCGAGGAAAUAACUUGGCAGCUGUUCUCAGAUGUCAAGCUUCCCGGGAAAAACUGGAACGCGAGAUUCAGGAACGAAUGGAAGAAAGACGUCGCGAGCAAUUGAUGAAACUCAGGGAAUCCCUCAUUAGCCAGAAACCAGCUUGGAGAGCUUUGAGAUCAGCUGCCAGGCAUGAACAUGCCAGAGAUUUGGAUUUUCGGGUUCAUCUUCGCCGGGAUGAAGCUCGAGAACAGGCAGAGCGUCAUCGACUUCACAUGGAAAUUAUGCUGGAUAGAGUGACUCAGAUCCCAACACUUUUUGAGCGACACUCGCAGGUAAAGGAAUUAGAGGAACUUCAGUCCAAGCUGAAAAUGCCAGGGUGCUACAAAUUGAAGAAGAAUAAAUUUAAAAAAAGGCAAAGACCCAGUAGUGUCGAUUCAUAUGCGAGUGGAGGUAGUGUUUCAAGAUCAAAUUCUGGCUCCUUGACCAGUUCCUCAGGGACUUUAAUUUCUCAAUCCUCCAAGUCUUCCGGAUCCAAAAAGUCUGAUCCUUCAACAGGAAAGUCUGAAAUUUCAAGUAAAAAAAAGAGUGAACGUGGUCCUCUGAAAGUUUCUAUUAAUGAAACUGCUGAACUUAUUGAAGAGAGGGGAUCCAACAGUGAGAGGUUUUCGUUCAAUUCUCAAGCGAGUGAAGAUCGAAACUUUACUAAUGUUGAGAAUAAUUAAGGAAUAGUUAUUAGUAAAUAAUUUACUUUCAUAAAAUAAUGCAAGGAAAUGU